AUGGCCGACGACCGAACCGACAUGGCUUCUUCUCUGCCACUCACGGCUGCCACUAAGAGGCAGCAAUUGAACACCUCCACCGAAACCCUAUCAUCGUCGCUGCUUCCAACUCUUCCGUUCGAUGUGAUCUCUGAAAUUCUCUGCAGGCUUCCAGUGAAGCUUCUCCUACAACUUAGUUGCCUCUGCAAGUCAUGGAAAUCUCUAAUCUCCGAUCCAAAAUUUACAAAAAAGCACCUUCGCAUGUCAACAACGCUCCACCACAUCAUGGUAACCUCUACAGACGACUCACAUGAGUUGGUUCUCUUUGGUUCUCCGAUUUCCUCCGUUCUGUCGAUUUCUAGGGUUACGCAGACACAACUCAGUUACCCUAGUAGUCUCACAUUUGAAUAUGGUGAACGUUCUGAUGUCUGCUCUUGUGACGGCAUCUUGUGUAUAAACGUCUGCUUUCACCCUUCUGCUAUUUUGUGGAACCCUUCCAUCCGAAAAUUCAAGGUAUUGCCUCCUUUGGAAAAAAUUCAAUGCAAGAGAGUUCCGUUUUCAAUAUACAGCUUCGGUUAUGAUCAUUUCAUUGAUAAUUAUAAGAUCAUAGUUGUUUCCUCAUGUAUCAACAAAAGUGAAGUUUGUAUUUUAACUUUAGGUACUGAUUAUUGGAGAAGAAUAAAAGACUUCCCAUAUGAUGGUCCCUUACAUGAAUCGGGAAUAUUUGUGAGUGGCACUGUUAAUUGGCUGGCAAUCGAUAACUCAAGUUCAAAUAGUUCUCUGCGAGCCAUUGUUUCACUUGAUUUGGAGAAUGAGUCGUAUAAAAAGCUUCCACAUCCUGAUUUGGAAAACGAGUUGUGGACCUUGGGGGUGUUAACGGAUUGCUUGUGCAUCUUUACAAGUAGUGAUAUAUUUUUUGAUAUUUGGGUUAUGAAGGAAUAUGGAAAUAAAGAGUCUUGGACUAAAUUGUACAAUGUUCCUUACAUGGAAGAUCGUGGUUUGUCGUCCUAUACCAAGGUUUUGUAUGUUUCCGAGGAUGACAAAAUGCUGAUGGAAUUUUAUGAGUUGGGAAGUAGCAAAUUGAAAUUGGUUGUUUAUGAUUCAAAAAAUGGUACUUUGAAGAUUCCUGUGAUUCAAAACAUCAAUCGUCGGAUGGACCCAAAAGUCUACAUUGAGAGUUUGAUAUCACCUUGUUCUUAA